AUGGCGAAAACCCCCAGAAAGGCUCAGCCGUUUCGCCAGAAGGCAGUAGCCCUGGCCCCAACCAUGGCCUCCAAAACGGCCCGGCCCCACCAAUAUGGUGGGAAAAAUUUCCAGAAUUUGAAGAACCCAAUGUCUAAGAGCAGAAGAUUUAGUUUAGCCGAGUCCACUUCGUCAGAGUCUUCCGAUGGCCUUCCAUCGCAAAGGGCCAUCAGUCAAUUUGACAUCAAUUCUGACUCGGAAUCUUCCUUGACCGCCUUGUCGGAGCAGGAGGAGUCCCAACACAUCGGCAACUCCGGAAAGAGCGUCACAAAGUAUUCUGGCUCAAGAGUUGCUGCAAAGAGUAAGCCUCGUUCGCAAAAUGCAACUAAAAGUAGAUCUGCGAAAUCCACCAAGACUGUUCGCAAGAGAGUAUCUACAAAAACACACUAUCGUGACGCCGACAUCUCAGAUGAUUCCGCUUCUUCAGACGAUGGAGAUGAAGAUGCUAUAGACGCAGAGAAAUUCACGAUGGGUCUUUACUCAAUGAUGGGUAAGACUGAAGGCGAUUCAUCGGGGAGUGAAAGCUCAGAUGACUCGCAGGAUAAUGGAAAUGAAUCUUCUUCAUCCGAUGAUUCUGAAGUUGAUUUUGUUCGUUUGCAGGCUGAGCAGAGAUUAAACAAUCUCAAAGCCAUAAAGGGAUUACCUGGCAAACCAACUCAAAGUAAGACAAAAGCACUGAAGAGAAGGAGAAGUACUGCCAUCCGUAAAAGAUCAGAAGUAGCACUCCCAGAGGACAUCAAUUUCCAAUUUGAGUUUGAUCAAUCUAAAAACGAAAGUGUCUUCGAUGAUUCGGAUCAAGAGCUGACGACUGCAUUGAAAGAACCAAAGAUCGAAGAAGAAGAAGAGGACAUCGGUGAAGAAGUCCAGGAUCUCAACCAACGGCCUGAUUUUGAAUUUCACUUUGAUGAGCCGAUGAUUGAUGUACCGAAAAUCAAGGAUGAAGAACUCAACUCAGAUGAUGACUAUGAAUUCGAUGACAAUGAUUUGCUCGCAACUUUGCAAGCAGAGAAUGAUAUUGACGAGUUCUUGCCCUCCGAAAAUCGUGAAAAUAUCCGCACAAGACAAAGCUCGAUGAGUUCCAUGAAUGAUGAUACAGAAGAUCCAUUUCUACGAGAAGAAGAGAAGUUUCUCGUGAAUGAAUUUGAGGUAAAUGGAUUUGAUGACGAAGAACCCGGCAGGACUGGAAAUGAAACAGCUAAAGUCAUGGACUCAUUCAACAUGACAGGUACAAGAGACGAUCAAGUCAUACAAUAUGCAAGUUCAAGUGAAGAUGAAUCUGGAUCGGAAUUCGAUGACCUCAAAUUGAGUUAUGAUGAUAAUGAUAAUGAGAUCGAUGAUUACAUUGACUUUAUUGACAUUGACACUCCUGCCACCUCUAGCGAUCAUAAAAAGGAAGAAAAGAUUCUUCCUGGAAUUGGAAAGGGAACAGCAAAGAAAGAAGAGAAAUCCAAGUUUCCAAAAAAGCGGGGCUCUAGACGUGGGCCCCUCGACAGUGAAGAGGAAGAUGAUUCGUAUCUUUGGAAUUAUUUCUUCAGUUCUGAUGCUGAGAGUGACGCCGAGGCUAAAGAUCUAGAUGACUAUGAUGUAGAGGAACAGCUUUUGCUUGAAGAAGUCUUCCGGAAAGAGUUCGAAGAGAAGCAAAAGCAAUUGGGCCGUGAUGAAGUUUCAUUGGAAAACCAAGACAACAAAUUGGAUGCCGGAUAUGAUAGCGGCGAGUCGACGGAUGUCGAUUUGUCUCUCCCAUCAUCUGGGCGUGGAAGUACACUCGGUUCAAAGCUGGCCAAAGAGGUAUUAUCGUCUCGCACUGCCGACUACCGUCCUCCUGUUUUGGGAACGUGGGUAGCAAUUGAUAGUAAGCCGUUUAGCAUCAUUGAUGGGUUAUCGACUCGAACCUUGACUAAUCAGUCAAAUCAACGGAAUCCUCGCACCAAGAACUGGAAAAGUUUUAGUCUCAAAAAUGACUCGGAAGAUCUGGCUAUCGAAUUAGAAGAACUUUUGAACGUCAGUGAGCUAGACAAUGACGACGAGAACGAUGUUCGGAUAUGGAGAGACUUCAAUAACAACAAGAAGCAUGUUCCACUUGGAGCCUUCAGAAACAAGAGUAAGAUGCAUCAAGGUCACCUCCCAGAAGCCUUGUCUGGAUACAAUGUGUCAAAAAUUAACAGCGGUGUUUCUGGGCGGAGAAGUCUGCAGAUCCGUGCUAAGUUAGCAGCGCAAAGGGAACUGGAAUCUCAAGCAAAUGCAAACUUGGCUAAGGACUUGAACAUGUCUUCGAAGCUGAUAAGGCGUAGAGCGUCUAUAGCUGAUGCUGUUUCUGAAGGGUAUCGACCAACAAAAUCGGGGUUGUUCAGCGAGAACGUGUUGGCAGAUGUCGAGGAGGUCAUGGGUGAUGACAGAGAUUUUAUGGCAUUGAUCAAGGGAUUAUAA